AUGAAAACUGCCUCUCAACCUUCAGCUCCUCACAAUGCAGCAAGCAAAAUAAAACAUCUCGUCGGCAAGAUCCGCCGCCACUCGCAUCCCCCACCACCUGAAUACUCUUCAGCCUCUCCCUCAUCAACCGCAAACCCAUCUCGAGAAUCUUCAACAUGUCCGCUGCCACACAUCGGCAGACACAGCCAACGUAAUAGCCGUCGUGGCUCAGCCUCCGAAGAAGAUGAACGCGCCCACGAUCUUGAGCUUUGGAAUGUAGCUUACGAUGUGCUCAAGAGAGACAACACCUCUUCUGGUCUUGUACUCGCAUACGAGAGUAUCAUAUCUCACGCAUUGCCUGAUUCGCUAAGGCCGGGUCACAAUGGAAACGGUGACGGAUUACCGACGGACGGUGAUAAGAGAGCUGAGAUCAUGAUGCUGAUUGCAAAGUCUGGAUUGGAGCGUGAGGUUAAGGAAGUAUCUCAGACAGAUUCGGGAGACGGCGAGGCGAGAGAAUAUCUGAUCCAGACAAGGUCGAUUAUAGCUUCAUUAUUAGACGACCAGCCCAGCGCCGCUAUCGCAUGGGCGGGUUUCUGCUCUCUAACACCUCUGCUUCUUGAUCCUCUCCUACGGCACGAUGAUAUUCGUUACGGCUUUGUCCAUAUUACAAACGCCAUUCCCCACUACAUGGCACUACAUCGCGCUCUCCAUCCUUCAUCAUGGACAUCGCUCCCCGACUUUCAACGCCUGCAACCGCACCUUCACCAAACCCUCUUAAACCUAUACCGCCGCAUCCUCGAGUAUGAGAUGAACAUUGUCUGUGCCGCUGCGAGUGCCUGGAACAUGGCCGCUCGCAACGUCGUUGAUUGGCAUGGCUGGAAGGCCAUGUCAGAUGCCGUGAGAGACACUGACGCUGAGCUGAUGAAUCAUGUCGACAAGAGCGGUACAGAUGAGGCCAAGGCGAUCAUGGAGGUCCAGAGGAAGCUGGACCCUGAAGGAGGAGGGCGUGGUGAACCAACAUACGACACACUAAAUCACACUAUUUGA